AUGGACGACGGCGUGCGGCUGGGGAACGCGUCGGCGUUCAUGGGUUGGGAGGUGUACCUGGACGACGAUCCCGAGACGCUGGUUGGGGUGGUGACGGACGUGGCGUCGACGGGCGGCGCGCUGCGCGGAGACGCGGAGGCGGAGACGAGCGAGAGGACACGUGUGAGCGAUGAUGGCGACGAGGGGGGGAAGACCGUGGAUGGAGAGACGUUGAACGAGGACGAGCGCGCGUUUUUGCGUCGGUUGGACGAUGCGCUGUUCGUUGAUGAGGCAUACGAUGACGAUGCGUUCGAUUCGGACGAGGAGUUCUUGCUCCUCGUCGAGGGAUUGGAGGAGACGUCUCUUGGUGAACGACCGCUGCAUUACGUGCCGUUCGUCCCGAGUAUGUUUCCACGUUGGAUUCCGAAUGCGCAAGCGCUGUUUCUCGAUCCUCCGGCGGGACUUUUGGAAUUGGCAACGCGAGAGGUGCGCCUGAACGAGCUUCGCAACGAUUUGUUGCCAUUUUCGAGAAUGCUCGGCACGGACGCGUACGGGAUGCCCCAGCGGUUGUCGCUGAUAAAACAGGGUUAUAGAGAUCUUGUUAAGCGCGUCGAGUCUCUAGGGGAUUGGCGCGAGGUUGCGUUGGAGUUGGAUUUAAAGCCGGACGCAGCGCCUUGGUACUAUUGGGACAAUAUAGAUAAUUUGGAGCAAGCGUUGCUAAAACUCGUCGACGCGUUUUGGUUCGAAGAAAUGGACGGCGACGAGACGUUUUGGUACAAUGAUAUAAGCGGCGCGUUGCGAGUUGACCCUCCCGUGGAUGGUGACGGCGGAGGCUUGGACGUUCCCGUGAUGCCGACGAUGGCCAACUUGGUGGAGGCGAGACGUUGGGAUUUGCAUCAUGCCGUGGUACUUCACGGAGGCUACAGAGCGGUGGCCAAAGAGCUCGGAUGGCAGCAGGCACGUCGAAUGGAAAAUCGGCAUCUGCUAUCAUUCGAAACAUUGCGCGACGAGAUUCUUGAACUUCUCGAGGACGAAUCGCUCGUCGCACAUGGGCUUCGUCCGGGACAGUUGCCGUGCGCGGCGCAACUUGAAGAGAUCGAACGGGACGAUUUGGUCAAGUUCAUUCGCGUUCACGGAGGGUUUGGUGUCGUUGCCAAGCGUUUAAAGCUCGAGCUCAGUAAAUGGGGUCGCGUGAAGUACCCCACGGCGGUUGCCGCGGCUACGGCCUUGCGCCAGUUCUCUCUCGAGCACAACAUUACCACCAGGGCGAGUCCGCGAUUGAACAAAGUCAUAGUCUUCGUGCCAUCGGACACAGAGCUUUUCAAGCACGGUAGAAACGAUCUACGUCACGCUUUAAGGCUCUUCACGCCGCGGGUCAUCGCAGAUGUUGGGAAGAUGAGCUUGCGACAGUCGCGCAUGUCGUACGAGGAGGCGAGGGUGGAGAUGCGUUCGUGGAAGUUCGAAACAGGCAAGCGCUCGGUGUUUCUAAACUGGUGCAAGGCUGGAAAUAAGCCUUGGAACAUGCCCAAGGACCCACAGGUGUACUACUCGAAGUCUGGGGAUUGGGUUUCAUGGGAGGAUUUCAUGCUCGAGUGA